ACAACCCACACUUGAUGGCUGGCACAAAGCUGCUAUGGCGCACUCUUCUCGUUUCUUGUAAAUCCCACAAGCGUCUGUAAUCAACAAUGGCGAGAGCAAAAAAUACACAAGAAAACCAUUAUAAACGUCGUGAACGUGGAUUGGUCGAAGAUUCUCAUACACUUUAGGAACGCAGAAGAUCGCAUAUGGUGUGUGCGUAGAAGCAGGAUCGCUAGAAUGUGUAUGUGUGUAUGCGCCAAUGCAUAAUAUACCGCUCGAGUUAUCCAGUAAAAUCGUAUAUAUCGUUUACCGAUGCUGUCAUCGUCCGCGUAUCUCAGCGUGUCGGCGAUCAAGGAGAGCCGGUCGAUCUAGAAGAUCGGCGUGGAAAGAACGAGGUUAAAGGUUUCAUCGUGGGCCAAAUCGGCGGGCCCAUCUUCUGUGGCGGACGGUCGCUCGUUGUCAUUUGAAAACGGAAGCCAUCUUGUGCCCGAGUCUCCCAUAUUAUACGGGGAAUAAUAUCUCACCGACUCGCACUCGUCUCAAUAGCGAGACAUUUCGCUGUAUUUAUUUUUCACCACGUCCAGACUAUGCCCGAAUCAUUCUACCAUAUGUUUACAUAGCCAUGGCUGCGACGAGAAAGUUGCAAGGUGAAAUAGACAGGUGCCUUAAAAAAGUAACGGAGGGCGUGGAGACAUUCGAGGACAUCUGGCAAAAGGUCCACAAUGCCACGAACAGCAAUCAGAAGGAGAAGUACGAGGCCGAUCUUAAGAAGGAGAUCAAGAAGUUGCAGAGGUUACGCGACCAGAUUAAGAGCUGGAUCGCUUCUGGCGAAAUUAAGGAUAAGAGCACGCUUCUCGAUUACCGGAAGCUAAUCGAAACUCAAAUGGAAAGGUUUAAGGUCGUCGAGAGGGAGACGAAAACGAAGGCUUACUCUAAGGAAGGAUUGGGAGCAGCGCAAAAACUCGAUCCCGCGCAAAAGGAACGAGAAGAAGUCAGCAACUGGCUCGCAAAUUCUAUAGACGCUCUUAACUUACAACUCGACACCUUUGAGUCGGAGAUCGAGUCUCUAUUAGCAGGAAAGAAGAAAAGAUUGGAUAAAGAUAAGCAAGACAGAAUGGACGAGCUUAAAGGGAAGCUUGAGAAGCACCGAUACCACAUCCGAAAACUCGAAACACUCCUCCGGAUGUUGGACAACAUGUCGGUCGAAGUCAAUACAAUUAAGAGGAUAAAGGACGACGUGGAGUAUUAUAUUGAAUCCUCACAGGAACCUGACUUUGAGGAGAACGAAUAUAUCUACGACGAUAUUAUCGGUCUCGACGAGGUGGAACUCUCCGGCGUAGGUAUACCAUCAUCGGCGACCACCGACAGUAAUAACAGUAACGAAACCGGUGGUACACCGACAUCAACGAAUUCUGGUACUUCACCAAUACCAUCGCCGCCGCUUAGCUCUACUAUGCACAAUCAUUCGAGCGACAGUUCCACUGAUACUGAUAAGAAAACUAAGCCUGUGAAACCAAUGGCGGUGAGACCGCUGAUGAACUCUCAGGCGAGCAUUCCAAUGACGGGAAGCACUGCCAACAUAAAGCCGAGUCUGCUGUUAAGCAGCACUCCGAGCAAGACCAUUCCCAUGACAUCGAGCCACAGUUCGCCCAGUUCCAUCAGCAAUCACGUUGCGACGAGUAAUGCCGGGAACUUUGCCACCGUCGCUGCCUCACACAGCAACUCCCAAACCAUCCAUUCUACCUCCAGUAAAACAUCCUCUCAUAGCAGUGAAAACGGUCUGCUCUCGUCAUCGUCAUCGUCGAGCGUAACGUCGAGUGUAGCACAGCCGGUGCAGAUCGCCCCAAUAUCGCAACCCAUAGUCCCAUUGCAGCAGCCAGUGCAGCAAGUGUCCCAGCAGGUAUCGCAAUCUCAAUCUCAACACGGUCAGCACAGUCUGCCCAGUCAAAACCACACGAGUAGCGAAGCGGAACUCAUCACCCCGGUGCCGCUGUCGACCUCGCCACAAUCCACCACGAGUAGUCGCAGCUCGCCUCUACAGCCAAUUAUGAUCAACACGAGCACCAGCAGCAACAACAACAACACCAUCAGUAACAGUAACAGCAAUACCAACAGUAACAACAACAACAAUAACACCAGCAGCACGAACAAUGGCAGCAACAAUUCGUGCUCACCAGCACCGUCCACUGCCAACGGUCUCAUCCCUAAGCUUCCUGACGGCAUGUCCUCGCUUAAAUCUAUUGCCCAACAAGUCAUUGUCCGAGCAGGUCUUGAGAUACCAGCGUCCGAGCCAUCCAGAAACAUCUUCGACGGCUCUGUGAAACCCACCAGCGCCACUUCCGAGGCACACAUUCCGCCGUUAUUGGGCGUUGCGCCCUUAGGCCCGGUGCCCUUGCAAAAGGAGCACCAGCUUCAGUUCCAGAUGAUGGAGGCUGCCUAUUAUCAUAUGCCUCAUCCUUCGGACUCAGAACGGCUCAGGUCUUAUUUGCCGAGAAAUCUUUGUCCCACGCCGUCUUACUACCAGCAGGUACAACUUCCCCACUCGGACACGGUCGAGUUCUUCCAGCGUCUCUCCACGGAGACCCUCUUCUUCAUCUUCUAUUACAUGGAAGGCUCGAAGGGUCAGUAUCUUGCCGCAAAGGCCUUGAAGAAGCAGAGCUGGAGGUUCCACACCAAGUACAUGAUGUGGUUCCAGAGGCAUGAGGAGCCCAAGGUCAUUAACGAGGAAUACGAGCAGGGGACGUACAUUUACUUCGACUACGAGAAGUGGGGCCAGCGUAAAAAGGAAGGCUUUACCUUCGAGUACAAGUACUUAGAGGACCGAGACCUCAACUAAGCACGACGAACACACACACACGGAGAAAGAAACAAAGAACAAUACGAAAGAGAGUGAGAGAGUGAGUGAAAGUGAGAGUGAAAAUGAAGGAGGGAGAGUGAGAGCGAGAGUAAAAAAGAAGAGAACGUGUGAGAGAGAACGCUAGAGGAAGAAAGAGUGAGAGAGCGGCUCGGCAAAAAAAUAAGGCACCGUCAGGCGAAAUUUCCAAACAAAAAAAUCCUUCCCUGCCCUGUCUUCUCCCCCUAAAAAAAGGAAGUACACUAUUUCUGUACCGGUAUUAUCGAAAAAAAAGAAAAAAGAAUGAAAAGACAGAUUUUAUUUUUUACAAUUCAUAUAUAUUUUCGCAAAAUAUAACUCUUCAUUUAUCGGUAUAAAUUAGUGGAUGAGGAGGGAAAAUGAAGA